UMAUCAGUUUUUUCAAUUUAUUCAGAUCGUUACAUUAUAUUUUUCCCUUAAAUUUGAGUUUUCUGCGGGCUCUCACCAAGCUACUGUGAAUGUCGUUUCUACCUCAUUAUACCAUGGAUAGUUGACAUGAUGUAUGACAUCAAUGAUUCAUAACGGCAUGCAUCAUGUACUCAUUGAAAUGAGAUCGCGUGACUCAUACACAUCUAUAUGAACUAUUGAAGUUGGCGUUACCUUAAUAUUACUGGCAUCAUCUAAGUAAGAUCCACGAGUUAAGGUAAUAAAAAGUCGCCAAUGGGUUCAAGUUGCUGCAAGCAUGAAUCCAAAACGAGAGGAGCUGUAACUACAGUAAGUGUCAUUAAGAGACGCGAGGAGGGCGUCACUUCAAACGAUACCGCACCAGCAAGGGACGAGCAUCAACUUCGUGAUGACGUCAUUCAACCUGAAAUCAACCGUACCGAGGUUAAUUCUUACGAUAAGCCAGUGACCCUGCCAAAAAUGCCAACAGGGGUUGAAAAUGACGCUAGUAAACUACCAGGUACCGUGAACACUACUACUAAUGAAUCUGAUAACAGUGAUGAUGAGAUCAGUGAUGGAGGSGGUAACACUGACAAUGAAACUGACAGCAGCAGUAGCAGCGAUGACGUUGAAAGUCUCCCUGUGUCAGGUGACGAGGAAGAGGAAGAAGAAGAGCAGCCCGCACUCAUGACGAAAAUUGAGGCUUACACAUCAUCAGACGAGAGGAUUGCUUUAGCGUGCAAAGGGAGGUUCGACUUUGAGAUUCCAGAAAAUGUCAAAAUUGUCAGGAUUUUUACUAGUUCUACAUUCACAGACACGUCAGUUGAACGRAACACUCUUAUGGUCAAAGUAUACCCUCGUAUCAAGAAGUUCUGCCAGGAGAGAGGUUACGAGUUCCAAGUUGUAGACAUGAGGUGGGGAGUACGAGACGAGUCCACCGAUGACCAUCUCACUUCAGAGUUAUGUAUGAGAGAGUUGCACGCAUGUCAAAGACUGUCUACUGGACCGAACUUUAUUACUUUUCUGGGUCAGAAGUAUGGCUAUCGCCCGUUUCCACCAAAGAUUCCUGCCCAAGAAUUCCAGAAAUUAUUUGACGCGGUCACCAACACCGAUGAUCGAGAGCUAUUGCAAAGAUGGUUCAAAGAGGAUAAAAAUGCAAUUCCCGCGGAAUACCUUCUCCAACCAAUCACACACAUUCUUCCUGAUUAUCGAAACUAUGACAACCCUGAAUUACGUAAGAAAGCGUCUGGAGAAUGGUGGACAGCAUUUGAAAGAAUGCAAGUUGUAUUUAGGAAUGCUGCGGCAAAAGCUCUGGAUAAGAAGUCACGACUAAAAUAUUUCAUGUCAGUAACUGAAGACGAAGUUCGACGUGGUAUUAUUACCGCAAGCUCACCUGAAGACCAUUGCUUUUGGUUCAAGCGAGUGAUCACGAAUCUAAACGAUAAUACUCAAAGCCAGAGAGCAGGCAGUUACAUCGACAAGCCAUGGGGAGGUGAUCAAGGAGCUAUCGACAACGAAGCGCAAACGCUGUUGGAAUCACUGCGAGAACAAGAUCUACCCAAUGUUUUGCCAUCAAAGAACAUCAGACAAUAUGAAGUGCAAUGGUCACCCAAUGGUAUCGAUCCUGACAGCUCCCCAGAUCAUGCGCAGUACAUUGAUGAUCUAUGUAAAACAUUCUAUGAUACUCUGACCGGAAUGAUUGACAGAGCAAUAGGUCAAAGGCGGGAAGUUGAAAUCAGAGAUAACUUGAUUGAAGAAAUWACUGGACACUUAUCUUUCUGUCUAAAGAAAUGUCAGUCUUUUCAUGGCAGGGAGGAGUUUCUCGAAGAGAUGAAGAAAAUCCUAAAGGAAAACCACACUCUAGUGAUUCACGGGGAGUCGGGAUGUGGAAAGACAUCCAUCAUGGCCAAAGCAUGCACAUUGGUACGGAGCUGGMUAGACGAAGAAGACUGCAUUGUGGUCACAAGGUUCAUUGGAACCUCUCCUGAUUCAUCAAGCAUCAGGCCCCURCUGCGAAGCAUUUGCACUCAACUUUGUAGGGUUUGUGAAGAAGACACGAACGUGGUACCGCAGGAUAUGAAAGCACUGAUAGAAUACUUCCCYGAAUGUCUGGAAAACGCAGCAAGCAGUUCACGACCAGUGGUUAUCGUACUCGACUCUCUUGAUCAGCUUUCACCUGAUGACGGUGCUCGUCAAAUGGGCUGGCUUCCAAAGGAAUUACCAGAUGACGUUUAUCUCGUCAUGUCGACAUUACCUGGCGACGAGUACGAAUGCUUUCCUAGGAUAAAGGCACUGACCAGUAUACCCAGUUACUGCAUCAAGUCAGUCCCGCAAAUUCCUUUGAGAGAAGCCGAUGUUAUUUUGAAAAGCUGGCUACAGUCAACCUCGAGAACGCUGACUCAGGGCCAGUCACAACUUGUUUUGGACGCUUUCGAUAAAUGCCAAAUCCCACUAUACCUGAAACUUGCAUUCGAUGAAGCUUGUAGAUGGAAAUCGUACAGUGAUUCAAGCCAAACUGUGCUGGCCUCUUCUGUUAAAAGUAUAAUCAAUGCAUUGUUUGAUCGAGUAGAAAGAGUCCAUGGAAAACUUCUCGUAGGCCAUGCACUAGGAUACAUCACCGCAUCCAAGAACGGCCUUACAGAAGCUGAGCUUGAAGACCUACUAUCUCUUGAUGAUGAGGUGCUCAAYGAUGUAUAYCAGUACUGGACUCCACCUCUUCGAAGGCUUCCACCAUUGUUAUGGAUACGAAUACGAAGUGACAUCAACGACUACCUCAUCGAUCGCGGUGCAGACGGUACAAGGGUCAUCUACUGGUAUCAUCGACAGUUUAUCGAAGUAGCAAGAGAGAGGUAUUUGGCUGGAGAACAAGCAACCAAGAUUCAUGCCAACCUAAGUGAGUACUUUUUGGGCACGUGGUCUCAGGGAAAGAAGAAGCCGUACGUAAACAAGAAAGGCGAAAGUCUGGAGGAUGAUCGUCUCGUCUCUGAGAUGCCGUUAAUGUUUGACAACACAGAACCAAACCCAGUGUUCAACUUACGCAUGCUGAGCGAGUUACCUUAUCACCUUACUUGUUCCAAUCAGCAAUCUAUUCUCAAAGAAAGAGCKCUGUUUAACUUUGAUUUUCUUGUGACUAAGAUGAGAGCUGCUUCACUAGAUGCUGUUCUUGAUGAUUUUACUGCUGCCCUUGCUAYGUUUGAAGAUGCAGACCUUGACGUACUCGAAAAAACUCUGCGUUUGUCAGCCGUUGCUUUGACUACAGAUCCUAGGCAGUUGGCAACGCAGCUAAUAGGUCGUCUCCUAGAUUUCUCCAAAAAGCACCCAGAAUACGACUACAUYCCYUCCAUCAUCAAACAAGCGUAUUYAAGUCCAGUAACAUGUCUCAUUCCAAGCMAUAGAUGUUUAUCAGCUCCUGGRGGAAGUCUUAUUACGUCAUUUGCAAUUGACGAGGAUCAUUACAACACAUGUGCAUUUAGCUGCGAUAACAAAACGGCAUACCUUGCAUCGAUGACAUCUGAAGGACUUUAUUUUCAGGUAAUUAAUCUACAAACCGGAAAGAUCCAACGGAAGAUGAUGUUGACAGAACCGUUCGAGUUUGUUUACACAUGGUCCAUGAARGGAAGCGAAAAAGACAAAGACAAGCUUCUYGUCAUGGGAUCUAAAUACAUCUUUAUCAUCGACGCAAAGACAGGGAAAGUACUUCAGCAGUUCRACGCACUUGAAGACGAAACUCGAUACGAGCCCAUGCCACCAGUCACKUUUGCUGAAGAUGAAAACCGUGUUGUAGCAAUCACAAACAAAAAUCUCAAGAUCUGGACAAGCAAUGAYGCUGUCUUGCAACACACAAUCGAUAUUGGCCAGAUCAACACAGAUGAGCAAUAUGGCACAAUCGACGCAUACGGCAACAUAGCAGUGUUUUGCCUUCAUAACAGCARAACCAUCAAGGAAGUGGAUGUAAUAUCUGGAAAUAUCAAGCGUGAAAUUCAAGGUUUUCCAGGCACUGGCGAUGACAUAUUUGUCAAGGAAGUGAAAUUACUUUCCAGUGAGAAGGUCCUUGCACUCUCGUCAUCUUUAAAAUCACUUUCCAUCUACAAYCUGCACAAUGGAAGAUGUCUAAAAGAUUUCCAAGGGUUCAYAAUCAAUCCAGGUCUCCAUAGAUUACAGAUAACAGAGAACGGCAGAAAAGCAGUGAAUAUCGUCAUGUAUGAAGUGAUGAUCACUGACUUGGAGUCUGGUGAGAUAACAAGAACACUCAAGAGCAAGACGUUUGGGACCCUUGUCAUCCAUACUGAAUUUUUCACAAGAAAUGGAAGAUUUGCCAUGUCAAUAGGWAACGACAACAUACUGCGUCUGUACGAUUUGAAGGUUGCCGUGGAAGAGGAUAAAGAAGCGGCUGCAAAGUUCCCAUCAAAUCCAGCAUUGCAAGCUAUGCAAGUAGCGUCAGUGGAUAGAGUAACAGGACUUUAUCCAGGAGUUGAUGGUCGGCACGUAAUUGCUAAUGCAACAGUGGAAAUGGCUGCAGAAUUAUCCUUAUGGGAUGUAGUGAGGGGAACCAAAGUUCGGGCMAUCAAAUGUGGAAKGACUCCUCCACCCAUUGAGAUACGAAUGUGUAGUGCUACCCGAGCAGUUGGAUACAUGCACGAUGUCAACUUCUUUCAUUACARGGUCUUCAAUAUCAAAGAAGGAAAAGUGGAACGUUGUCUGAAGGGAAAAGCAUCCAAGCGUACCCCUGCCUUUGGUCGUAUCGAUGACACGCACGUCAUUGGUUUUUCACAAGGAAGACGUAACCUUAAAGUGUGGGACAUCGAUACUGGAAACGUCGUGCAUCRAUACAAGUUUGGCCAAACCCAUCCUCUGGAAGAAAUGCUGAUCAGCAAGAAUGGAAGAAUGGUGGUUUGCGCACAGGUCAGUCAGAUGGCUGAACACMAAGAUAAAACCCUUCCCAUCAUUGUCGUUGACACCAAGACUAGACAGCACAAGCUACUGGAAGUUCCUCAAAGGCAACUCACUUUAACUUUUUCCUGCAUCUCACAAGACGGAAGUUACCUCCUCUGCCUUACCGCAAGCCAUUACAAACCAAGACUUUGGGAUCUGACAAGUGGAAAACUUCUUCAUAAAUUAGAAGAUAAGGAAUAUCCUGUAGCUUAUGCAACCGCGUUCUCUCUACCGCUGCAGCUAGCACUGACUGCACAAAGUGAUGGCAAUAUCAAUGCCUGGGAGAUCGMCAGCGGGAAGAUUUUGCACACUUUCAUCUGUGAAACCGUCGACACCAUCCUAGUAUCUGAAGAUGGCAACAUGGCGUUUUGUCGAUACCGUUACCGUCUUAGUAACAUCGACGGAUGGGACCURCGAAAUGGCACCAAGUUAGCAACAUUCACAUCGGAUUGGAAACCUGAGAGAGUUGAUAUUAUCGGAAACAUCCUUGUGCUUGGGAUGGCAGAAAAUGCUGAUGUGAUGACGUUAAAGGUUCAUACUCCAGGACGAAGUGACGAAUCUUCCGAGCAACAAUCGAUAUUUCAUGGAGUCCCAGUGGAAGGAGUACUGGAACCUUGUCCCGAUUCCCCCUCGGCUGAUGAUAAUGAUGAUGACCAAGAUGAUGAUGGGGAGAAGACAGAUUACCAAAAGGGCGAGUUCACCAGAAAAGCUUUGAAUGCUAGACCUGAUGUGAUCAUAGGAGGCGGAAAUCUUGUCGACUCCAARAAUGUCUUCAUAUCAGAAGCGGUUUUUAAGCAAAAUUUCUGCAGAGAAUGAUAUAUCCAAAAUUUGAACAUUUUUUCCAAUUUAAGUAUUUUCUCAAUAUUCAUUCUGAUGUACUGACAGUACAUGAUAGUUUAUAACUUAUAACACAACGGCUAAUGAUGUUUGCACUAUGUAAGAGUAAAGUAAUAAAUAUUUUUUUAUAUUUUUUAAUAGUUUCAUUAAAGUUUUAUAUCUGUAACUUUUGUACUGCACAUAUAAUGUUAAGCCAUGUAAUAUCCUGCGAGCAGAGGAAUGUAUUUUUUAUUUAUAGUACUAAGAUAAUAUGAAAAUGAAAGGGUAAGGAAUGGCAUUUAUAUGUCUUCGUGAAAAGAAGUAAAGGAAGUUAUUCCACCGAUAUCUCUCUCAAGCAUUAUAAAUCAAAUAGUAAAGAACAAAAAGAAGAGAAUAUAUUUUGGUAUAGCCAAAGAAAGAAGCCCACGAGUUUGCAUAAGAUCUUUUAAAAAGGCGGUUCAAACAAAUCUAUGACUUCAAAAGGGAAACAGCCAUUGCCUCAUCUUGUCAGCAUGCAAGGACAAUUGUAUCAUUUUAGCAAUUAAAUACAAUUGUCACAUAUAGAGUGCUUCUUAACUGUGUCAUAGAGGUUUCGAMAAUCUGAUUUCACCACAAAAUACCUCAAAUAUGAUUUUAACCACUUAAAKUGCACAAUAAGUGCAUUGGUAAAUUUUGUACUUUUUGUUAGCAAACUAUUUAUAAUAUAUUGUACAUGACCACUCUCCCGUUUCUCUACAAAAUCUGAUUCGAUACAUCSUCUUCUACACUUAAUAAGAAACAAGACAUUGAUUAAGUCGUGGGAAGAAAAUAUCGUGAUGUAUGAUAUUAACAGGAAUUCUGUACAAUCACAACAAAGAAAUCAUUUAAUUUCCAURAUAAAGAAUUUUGAAAGAAUUGUAUAUUCAAAACUCCAAAUGCUUCACUCUUCAUAUAUACAGAAGUAUGUACUUCGUAUAACAGUCCAUAUGUCAAAACAAUAAAUCAAUCUCUUCAUAAAGGAGUCUUCAAUGAGGCAUACAUGUUAAUGUUAAAAUCCASCUAUUUUCUAUUUGAAUGAAGCUAAAGAAUGUAAU